GGGCCAUGUGACCAACUGUUUAUGCCUCAGAUAAACAGCCCCCGUGUUCUGCAUGGCUCUCUCCAUUUUUCAGAUCUCGCUUCAUCCCCAAGGAAGAAUUCCACUUGCCGGGCUGUGACAUUUUUUAUGUGAUUUAUUCUAUUGUCCCGAGCCCUCCGGCCAUGGCCGCCCCUCCGCCCCGUCCCUUUGCCAUCAGCUUUGACAAUCCCAGCCUUUGUUUUUGCAAUGAGAAGCGGCAUUCUUCCAGAGGGAUGACCUCCUCUGUCUCCGCAGGGGCUGGCACUGAGGACGCGACCCUACCCGAGGAUUGGAUGGCACCCGCCGGAUGCCGCCAAGCGAAUCCGCCAGUUGUCACCCCGACUCUGCUGCUCGCGAGUGUCUCAAGCCCGGAGCGAGAGACCUUGAGGGAUCCGCCGCUUCAUCACAGCCAUAGAUCUGUGCACCAUCAUUCAUCUCUGGACAAAAGCCUGGGCUGAAUGUGGUCGACACGUCCGGAGCAGAGCAGCGUCAGUCGGUGGGAUGGAAGCGUGUGUUUGCAAUGAACAAAGGUAGUGUCAUGUCUCAGGUGUGACUCUGGAGAUGCCGAAGAGACGAGACAUCGUCGCCAUCGUUCUGAUCGUGUUGCCUUGGACGCUGCUCAUCACCGUUUGGCACCAGAGCACCAUCACUCCUCUGCUUGCCACAAGAAAGGACGUCAGGCGUGAUGGUCCCCCCAACUCCAGAAGCACCUUUGCGCUCAGGGAGUCCUGCUCCCCUCAGAACCGGGACGUGGUGGAGGUGGUGCGCACCGAGUACGUGUACAGCCGGCCGCCGCCCUGGUCGGACGUGCUGCCCACCAUCCACGUGGUCACCCCCACCUACAGCCGGCCGGUGCAGAAGGCCGAGCUGACGCGCGUGGCCAACACGCUGCUGCACGUGCCCAACCUGCACUGGAUCCUGGUGGAGGACUCGCAGCGGAGGACCCCGCUGGUGAGCCGCCUGCUCCACGGCGCCGGGAUCAACUACACCCACCUCAACGUGGAGACCCCCAGGAACUACAAGGCGCGGGGGGACGUCCGGGACCCCAGAAUCCCGCGGGGCACCAUCCAGAGGAACCUGGCCCUGCGCUGGCUGCGGGAGACCUUCAGCGUGAACGGCAGCCGGCCCGGGAUCGUCUACUUCGGAGACGACGACAACACGUACAGCCUGGAGCUUUUUGAGGAGAUGCGUUCCACGAAGAAAGUCUCCGUUUGGCCCGUGGCCUUUGUGGGCGGCCUGCGGUUCGAGUCCCCCAAAGUGAACACCUUGGGCAAAGUGUACGGCUGGAAAACCGUGUUCGACCCUCACCGGCCGUUCGCCAUCGACAUGGCGGGGUUCGCAGUGAACCUGCACCUCAUUCUGUCCAAACCUCAGGCGUACUUCAAGCUGCGCGGCGUGAAGGGAGGCUAUCAGGAGAGCAGCUUGCUGAAGGAGCUCGUCACUCUCAGCGACCUGGAGCCUAAAGCGGCCAACUGCACCAAGGUAUUAGUGUGGCACACGCGGACCGAGAAGCCGGUGCUGGUAAACGAGGGCAAGAAAGGAUUUACCGACUCCAAUGUGGAGAUAUGACAGACUUCAUCUGACGCAGGAUCGAUCAGGUUCUGGAUUCAGGAGCAGGAAACACGGAGCAGAUCGCCUUGAGGCGAAGACACCUGGACUUCACCUGCGUCCACAGCUGGAGCGGUGAACAGUACGGCAGAGCCCGGAGCGCCGGGGCAGUGGAGGGGGGGUCUCCCUCCCGGGCCCAGAGACAGAAGCCUUGCCUGCAUCCACGCCUGCUGCAAGAAAACAUUGACUGUCAACGGUAUGAAUGCUGGAGUCGAGGCUGACGCUUCCCCUCACAGACUGGCUGGAUCAUCCCUCCUACUUCAGAUCUUGAAGGACCUUUUGGUCUCCGUACCCUCCAGCUGGACUUCGCAGUGUCAUUUUCCUCAACGUGACCGGAUCUAUAAGCUCGACCGGGACUCCUGACUCUUCAGUGAAAGGAAUACUUUCUGCAAACAGAUGCACUGUGGGGAGUUUCUGUUUGAGGACCGCUGCACCAGCAAUUGUUUUCUGAUAGCUGCACUGAUUUCACUUGUGGUUUAAGUGUCAUGACUUCUAUGUAUGUGUCGUUUUUUCCUUUUUUAUAGUUGACUCACUGACUUGGAUGUCUGUCAACACCCGGGCGUAUCAUGCGACUGCUCUGAUGCUAGAUGUUCAUUAUUUAUACGUACAAAUUGGCAGACUUGUGUUAUAGAAGAUAUUCUGGCCAAGAUGGUCUCAGUUGACUGAAAUCGUUUCUGCCAACAGCUGCAGUACUGCUAAAAGUGUCAAACACUUUUUUCAAGGGUCACAAAGCCUGAACUCAUCUUGAGUAGGGCAGAAAUAGUUCCACAACACCUAUAAAUUGAAUUUAUAAAGUUCUUCUUUGCUGUGAUACAGAGCAUAUGUGAUGUAAAUGUCUAUAUUUACAUAAAAAUCAAUGAAUUACUAUGGAAAAAGACUACAAUCUCAACAUAAAACCAAUUUUGAUGAAACCAUCUGGUUCAAAAUGCAGUGAAAUGUCCAAGAAACUGUUGCAUUAUGGGAGUUUUGAUGAACUCACCCUGACAGCAUGGCUUUGAGGCUUGUUUGACGGUAACGAGGUGGCCGUCAUUCACGGCAGCAUCACUGACGUCUCAGGGUUUGUUUACAAAAAUCAGUGAUUCUUUGAAAUUCUGACCGCCUCCUUGGUGGUCUGGUGGGCCGGAUUGGAGCCUCUUGCGGGCUGGUUUUGGCACACGAGCCUUAUGUCUGACACCCCUGUGUGUUUGAAACGGAAUGCUUCACAUGAACACGUGUAGUCUUGAAAACCACCUCAGGUAAAUUGUUGGGUUCAUCUUUCAAACAGUGCCUUUGAAAGAAGGUGAUGGACUGGAAGACGACCACCAGAGGGACACAAUUUUACACUAAUUUAUUCAAUAAAAACAUCU